AAAAUAUAAAUACUAAAUACUAAAAUAAUUAUUUUAUUAUAAUAAACCGAUUAGUUUUAGCCUUUAGCACCAUGGCAGUCAUGCCACCAUAAACUAUAGAUAAACUAUGACUAUUUAAUUUCUUGUGUGUGGAUUUUAAAAAGCAGUUAGCAGUGCCUUAUUAGUUAUUAGUUAUUACCAUUACCUAAUAUUUUAGUUCUAAACUUCUAAAGUAAAUCUAGUCUCUAGAGCAAGUUCUAUACAUCAAUCUUCAUUUCAUCAAUUAUUGUAUUUAUCGUUUAUGGUGAUCAUAUUUUUAUAGAAAUAUAAUAGUUUUUGUCUUAUUUUUCGCGCUCAUUUCUUGCGAUUGAGUAAUUUUUGUAUUGUAAUAAUAUGUCGUCGUCUUCAUCUGUGAAAAUGGUGAAGUUUAACAAUGGUCAACAGUAUCCAAUUUUAGGCUUGGGCACUUGGCAGACCAAACCUGAAUUAAAAGAAUCUGAACAGAUAGAGAUUUAUAAUGCAGUAAAAAGUGCAAUUGAUAUAGGAUAUCGUCACUUUGAUUGUGCGGCUUUUUACAACAAUGAAAAUUCCAUAGGAAAGGCUAUUGCCGAAAAAAUUAAAGAAGGAGUUGUGAAAAGAGAAGAAUUAUAUAUUACUAGUAAGCUAUGGAAUAAUAAACAUAAACCCACAGAAGUAGAAGAUUCAUUAAAGAAUAGUUUAAGAUUGCUGGGUUUAGAUUACCUAGAUUUAUACCUUAUUCAUUGGCCAUUAGCAACAAGUGAUCAUCUUACUGUUAUAAAUGGUGAAAAUGUUUAUAUUGGCACUGAUGAUUCUUAUUUAGAUACAUGGAAAGCUAUGGAAAAAUGUGCCCAAUUAGGACUCACAAAAUCAAUAGGAAUUUCAAAUUUUAAUAUUAAACAAGUAAAAGAUAUUUUAGAAAUAGCAACAAUAAAACCAGCUGUUAAUCAGGUUGAAAAUCAUCCUUAUUUAACUCAAAAUAAACUUAAAGAGGUUUGUGAGAGUAAUGGAAUACUAUUAACUGCUUAUGGACCUUUAGGAUCACCUUACAGAGUAGCAAACUCAAAAGGAUUAGUACUUUUAGAUGAUCCAAUAGUUAAGCAAAUAGCUGAUAAGCAUAAAAAGACCAAUGCUCAAAUAUUAAUAAGAUUUCAGGUUCAAAGAGGUGCCUUAGUCAUACCAAAAUCAUCUAAUCCAGAAAGACAAAAAGAAAAUUUUGAUAUCUGGGAUUUUGAGAUAAGCAAGGAAGAUAUGGAUUUACUGGAGUCAUUAAACCAAAAUUUACGUUAUGUUCUUUUCAAACCAGGAAUGUACUUGAAAGACUAUCCAUUUAAUGAGGAACCAUGAACAUCAGUGAUUAAUAGACUAAUAAAAGCAGUGUUCUAAUACUGUAGUGUUCUGAAUAAGAAAUAUAAGAAUAAAUUAAAUUUGUCUUUUAAAAUAGAUCUGAGAGACUCGAAAAUUAAAUUAUUAUGUAAAAAUAUCUAAAAUUAAAAAAAUCAAGAUAGCACAGAUGUCUAGUGUUGGCAAACAUUAUGUUACUUUGGAAGUUUGUGGUUUAUUAUUAUAAAUUUAAAAGUAGUAAAAAAUAUAUAUACCUAUUGUAUUGUAAUUUAA